AUGGCGCAUCAAGCCCCAGAUUCCUUCAUGGAGUUCGAGGGCUACUUUCAGCUGAAGUCGUACAGGAACCAUGCGGGUGGUCAGAACACCGCCGCCUGCCGCGCAAGCAUCACGCCCUUGGACAAGUGGUUCCAGCAUUUCAUCCCGGUGAACCUUUCCCACGCGCGGCACACGGGCGUCCUGUACAACCCCAUCUUCGCUGUGUCGCGAGAGAAGAUCCGGCAGUACCCGAAGUCGAUGUACGAGGCUCUCCUGAUGGAGAUCCUGCGCUGCACAGCCAAAGAGCAUGAAGGCGUGGCGGAGGCGGGCCAUUACCUGGAGAGGGCCUGGAAGCCCAUGUUCGAAACGUAUCGCCCCCUGGCUUUCAAGUGCAGUGGCCAUUUCGGGCAGAAGAAGGGUGAUCCCAACUGCUGCAACCAGACUGGCUUCAUUGGGCUUCCCUGGACCAUCUGCAAAGAGGACCGGCCCACUUGCUCGGGGCUGGUGCAGGACUCCGGCUGGGGCACUUGCAUCCCUGCAGAUUGGGGUUGGCGCGAAGAUCGUUGUCCAGCUUCUAUCACAUCGGGGCGAGCUGCCCGUCAUGCCCGCCGCCUUGGGGCGACGUGA